AUGUCUAGUUGGUUUACAUCGGUUAUUCAAUCCGUUCGUGAUAAAUCCGUUGAUGCGUUGGACUUCGUACGUAGAGAUUUAGCUGAAUUUACAACAACAGUUAAGAGUGAUACAGAAAUUUAUUUGAAUCAAGUUGCCAAUCAAGAUAUGGGAGAGCUUGGUUUUAAUCGACUCGUGUCAAAAUUAAGUGGUCCUGCUAAAGCUGAUACUGAUAAUGGAAAACAUAUUCAUGCAACACCAUCAUUCGAUCGAAUUCAUAAUGAACUAGCUCGUUUACAAAAUGAUGAAUCAACAUAUUUAAGUGAUCCUAUUCCAGAUGAAGCCUAUGAAACAUGGCGUCAAACAACAAAUUUCAAUGUUGAAGCACGUAAAGGAGAUAUAUCCCGGCUAUUAAUUGAUGUUCCACAUGUUCGUUCAUAUUACGCCCGUUUUGUACCAGCACAAACGACACAUGUUGAUUUUUGGUCUCGAUAUUAUUAUCGAUUGCAUCUUAUUGAAGAAGAAGAAACACGAAGAACACAAUUAUUACGACGUGCACACGAAAUUUGCUCGGAAAAUAACGAUAAUACUGGAAAAAAUAAUGAAAAUGAUUGGGAUGAACCAGAUGAUGAAUGGUCAAAAGAACCAUCGAGUGCAACUCAGGAAUCAACUGAAAAGAUUAUUCCUAUGGAAAAACAAGAAUCACGUGACGAAACUGUUCCUACGGAAAAACAAGAAUCACGUGACGAAAUUGUUCCUACGGAAAAACAAGAAUCACGUGACGAAAUUGUUCCUACGGAAAAACAAGAAUCACGUGACGAAAUUGUUCCUAUGGAAAAACAAGAAUCAAUUCAAGAAAGCCCUGCAGUUGAGUAUCAACAGGAACUCGCAAUAGUAAAAGAAGAUUUGGAAAUAACACCCAAUGAACGAAAAGAAAGUGAUACAGUUUCAGGCGAUAGUUGGGAACGUGAGUUUGAUGAAGCUGAUGUUACUUCACCAGUUGUAGCAAUAGCAUCGCACGCAGAGCCAUUAACAGAAUCCAAAGAAACAACUACUUCUGAAAGCUUAUCAUCAUCAACAGUAACAACAACAACAACAACAACACCAUUAUUAUCAUCGCCAAACAAUAAAACGCCUAACGAGUUUGAUGAUGACUGGGAAUCAUGGGCAUAA